AUGUCCUCGGCUUCACCAGCCCAGCCGAAUGGCUCCCUACGACACAGAAGAUACAAGGCCGCCCUUGCCUGCGCGACCUGUCGUCGUCGCAAGGUCAAAUGCGACGGUCUCCGUCCAGCCCGCCGUAGCAGUGUUGUCGACCAUCCUUUUUCAUCAGCUGCAGCAUUUCCACCACUACCGACUCCUGCUUCCGAGCAAUUCGAUGUCGUCGGCACUCCAAGUGCUCACGGUCCCGGUGAUCCAGGAGAAUUUUCUUUCGAGGUCAAGGCUGCUGUGGAUGCCAGACUGGGGCUGCCGUCCUCGAAGAAGCGGUGCCCUAUCCCUCUGACGGAUGCCCCAUUAUUUGGCGUGUUCUCGUUUCCAGAGGUUGUAGAUGGCGCUGUGGAUCCUGCCGACAAUGUGCUUCCCCCACGCAAGCAUGCUGACCACUUGGUGAGCCUGUACUGGCGAUGCCUGGAUCCUCUGGAGCCGUUGCUGGAUCAUGGAUCUUUCUUUGCCGCUUACCAAGCACUAUUCGCUGGCAGGGAGAUGGAGUGCAAUGAACAAAUCUUUCUCUGCACCCUCAAUCUUGUAUUUGCAUUGUCUACCCAAUUACAGGAACACACUCCUUCGGAACAGCGAGACAGUGCCGGCAGAACCUUUUUUCUUCGAGCCUGGCAUCUGCUGCGUCCGGAGAUCGUCCUCUGGCAAGCCGGCUCAUUGGAGACCGUUCAAUGCCUGGUUCUUAUGACCCGAUAUCUUCAAUGUACACCAAAUUUGCAGCAGACGUGGAUGGCACUGGGUUCAGCUGUCCGGAUUGCCCUGAGCAUUGGCGUCGACCGCUCAGAGAAGCAUGUGUCCGGGUCGGAUAGGGAGAACCAGUUGACCCGGGAUGUUUGGCAGCAGUGCGUGUUCAUGGACAGAAGCCUUUCCUGGUCGCUUGGGCGUCCUUCCACGGUACCUAGCGUACCCUUCUUCACGGUCGACUCAUUCCGACAUUUUAGCAACCUACCUGACUCCGACAGUGAGGCGGUCGCCGUAGUCUCUGAGAAAAUGCAGCAAUUGACGAAAAUGACCGGUUAUAUUGGGCUUUCUCAAGUGCUCGCCACCAGCAGUUUGGCAGAGGGCCUCGAGUUGACUGUGCUAGCCCAAGCCGAACCCAGUGCUGUUAUGCAGAUCGAUGAGUCUCUGACUGGAGUAGAGAACAGUCUCCCUCCCAUUGCAUUGAAUGCUGCUAGUGACGAAACUGGCAGUCUCAUCGACCGACGGUUGCUCCUUCUUCGUCUCCGUCUUGCGCAUACACGCAUCAUGCUUCUUAGACCCAUCAUGGCUCGCUUUUGUAUAUCGAAUCUGCAAGCGCCAAAAGCUCCCACAUCAGCUGAAGCGGGUUUGGGCGACCGCUUCAGCCAAACAUGCGCCACACUGUGCGUUGAAAAUGCACAGAAGCUCGUCGCACUAAUUCAGGAGUGCUCGCGAUCAGACAGGACCGGACUCGUCCCCUGGUGGUAUCGUAUUUUCUACCUCUACAUCGCAAUGCAGCAUUUGAUAACCGCGAUGCUGCGACCUGACGUCUUCGGGACUGCGGUCCUGGAGCCCUGGAACACGGCUGUCUCGGUACUCGGUGCACACGAGCACCUCAGCCCGUCUGUCAGGCGAUGUCUGAACAGUUUUCAGAUGAUGUGGCAGAGGGUCAUUGAUAUUCACCGUCCACCCACUCAAGACGCUCGUCCAUCUCGAGCCGAUCGCAAUAUGGGACUCCACGACGUCUUUCAGCAUCUUGGAUUUGAUGCUCAGAUUCCGCUGUUCGGGCUGGAGGAUCCAGCGUGGCUGGACAAUGUGGAUUGGAUUACAUGA